GUCUGCGCUAACAACACUGCCAAUGCGCGCAGACCUGGCGACGGCGGAGAAGACAUGCAGUGCUACACGGAGCUCGUGCCCCCGACGGCAGUCACCCACGCCGUGUCGCUGCCGUUUCUGAGCGCCGAGUCCAACAAUCUGGUCAUCGCGAAGACGUCUCUGCUGCAGGUAUUUCAGGUCCAUGCAACGAGCGAUGGCGGGCAGGAACGACUAGUGCUAGUGGGAGAGUACAGUCUGGCGGGCACAGUAUCCUCCAUAGCGCGUGUGAAGAUACUCGAGAGCAAGUCGGGAGGAGAAGCCGUGCUUCUGGCCUUCAAAGACGCGAAGCUCAGCUUGGUCGAGUGGGAUCAAGAGAACUACCGCAUCAGUACCAUCAGUCUGCACUUCUACGAGGGAGACAAUGUCGUGACGCCACACUUCGGACCUCCUCUCAGCGACUGCGAAUCCAUCUUGGCCGUCGACCCGAGUUUGCGAUGCGCAGCCCUCAAAUUCGGCGCAAGGCGGCUGGCCAUUCUGCCAUUCAGACAAUUUGGAGACGAACUGGCAGGUGAAGAGGAGGGCGAGUACGAGAACGGCGAGACAUCACCGGCCCUGAAGAGAUCGGAGUCGAUACCACAAGUCAAUGGGGAAGCUGGAGAGACGCCAUACAAGGCCUCUUUCACUCUCGCUCUCACUGAGCUGGAGCCGAGUAUCAGCCAUGCUGUUCAUCUGGCAUUCUUGCAUCAAUACCGAGACCCGACCUUCGCAAUCCUGUCGGCUCCUGUAGAGCCUUCAUACAGCCUCAUCGAGGAGCGAAAGGAUAUCCUCACCUACACAGUGCUCACAUUGGAUCUCGAUAAGACAUUGGCAACAAGUUUGAUCAGCGUGCCCAAGCUGCCGUCGACGUUAUGGAAGGUCAUGCCUCUGCCAUUGCCAGUGGGUGGCGCGCUGCUCAUUGGCACGAACGAGCUAGUGCAUAUCGAUCAGAACGGCAAGGCCAAUGCCACGGCGGUCAACGAAUUCGCCAAGUUGGAAAGCGACUUUGGCAUGGCAGAUCAGUCUCAUCUGAAUUUAAAAUUGGAAGAUAGCAGGAUCGAGUUAUUGGAUCGCAGAACUGGAGAGCUACUCAUCAUCACCAAUGAAGGCUCGCUGGCAAUACUGUCGUUUCAAAUGCUCGGCGGCACUGUCAGCGCAGUCAAUGUGAAGAGAGCGACAGCGGAAAAUGGGAGCACUCUGGUCAUGUCCGGAUCGUCUUGCACAGCACGACUCGACAGCGACCACGUAUUCAUCGGCAGUGAAGAUGGCGCCUCAACUCUUCUGGGCUGGUCGCGGCCCACCUUGGCUCUGAGUCGGAAACGCUCGCACGCUCAAAUGCUCGAAAAGGAUGACGAAGAGGAGGAGGAAGAGGAGGAAGAUGAUGACGACUUAUAUCAAACCGCUCCAGAACCGAAGAGACGCGCGACAUCUGAUACGGCAGUCAACUCGGACUCGCCGUACCAUUUCUCGAUCAAGGACGAGUUGCCCGCCAUUGGACCCAUCAACAAAGCAUGCCUGGGUCGGCCACGGCAAAGUAAAGAACGCCUCGAGCUCGCUGCGGGCUCUGGACGGAAACGAGCCAGCAGACUUACUUUCCUCCAUCGCGACAUUGUUCCUGAAGUGCAACGCACACUCAAGCUCGGGAACUCCAAGGCUGUAUGGGCAGUCCGUGCCAGACAACGUAACGCUGCACCAGCCCAGCACGACAACAUGCUUUUCGUGUCUGAUGAUGAUGGCACAAAAGUAUACGAUAUCCAAGACGACAGCGACGAUGCAUACACGGAACGGAAUGCCCCAGAAUUCGAAAGCGAAGGCGAGACGAUUGACAUGGACGCGGUCGCGGAAGGUACCAUCAUAGUGCAAUGUCGGCGCACGGAGCUUCGAACGUACAACGCGAACCUGGCUCUGGAUCAAAUAAUUCCGAUGACUGAUGAAGAAACGGACGAAGAUCUCGAUGUUGCGCACAUCUCAUUCGGCGAUCCAUACGUCGUAAUUAUACGUAACGAUAGCAGUGUACAAGUGCAAGCGGUCCGAGGCCGUGAACUUGAACCGCUUGAAGGCGAAGGUUUGAUCAGUGAGAAGAAGUGGUUAAGCGGCUGUGUAUUCUCAGGAGACUUCACACAGAACAAAGCUGCGCUCUUUCUGCUGCAUGCGGAUGGCACUCUGCACGUCUUCAGUUUGCCCGAGCUGCAGCCGAUCUACACAGCCCAAAACCUGUCUUAUCUGCCCCCGAUUCUGGCAGCUGAUGCUGCAGCACGCCGCGUUGGCACCAAAGAUACUUUGACGGAACUCUUGGUGACAAAUCUUGGACAACGAGAUGCAACACUGCCUUACUUGGUUGUACGGACAGCUUUGGACGACAUUGUGAUAUACGAACCUUUUACCUGGCCGCAGGACUCGACUGAUGACGCGUGGUACUCAAGCUUGCGGUUUCGAAAGGUGCCCCUUUGCUACAACCCCAAAUUCAAUGAGCAAUUGGCCGGAAUUCAACAAGCUAGUCGACCAGCCCCGCUGAAGCGUGUGACCUUUGGUGACUAUCGCGCUGUUAGCAUUCCCGGAGGUCCUGCAUGUCUGUUACUGAAAGACUCUUCGUCGCUUCCUAGAAUACUCGAGGUGCGGGGAACAGAGUCAUCAAAGCGCGUAUCGACUCUAUCGCCAGUGCAUCGACCUGGUUGUGAUCAUGGCUUUAUUGCUCUGGCAUCAAACGACGAGCUACAAGAAAUGCGAUUGCCGGAACAAACCUGGUACGGCACCGGCUGGAGUGUACAACAGACGGAUCUUGGCGAGGAUGUACGACACAUUGCCUACCAUGAGUCAAGAUGUGUCUACGUCGUGGCGACUUGCAGAGAGGUGGACUUCUACUUCGCUGGAGAAGAUGGCAGGCAUCCCGAACAGGAUGACGUCGAGCUGCGGCCACAAGUCCCUCUGUAUACCAUUCACUUGGUGUCUGCGACAUCACACAAAAUCUUACAUUCGAUCCAACUACCUUAUCUCGAGACUGUCACGGACUUGAAGGUCAUGGUGCUGGAGGUGUCAGAAAACUCACACGAGCAGAAGCCACUCGUAGUGGUCUCCACUGCCGCACAGCGUGGUGAGGAUAUGCCAGCUAAAGGAGCCGUGAUACUCUACGACAUCAUCGAUGUUGUGCCAGAGCCUGACGUCGCGGAAAGUGGCUUCAAGCUCCAUCAGCUCGCUCGAGAACAGUCACGAGGCGCUAUCACAGCUUUGGCCGGUCCAUUCCCAGGCGGGUUUGUCGGUACUGCUCAGGGCCUCAAGCUCAUGGUCCGUGGUCUCAAAGAAGACGGAACAUGCCUGCCGGUCGCAUUCCUGGAUGCUCAAAGCUAUACGCAUACCCUGAAAGUCCUUUCUGGGCGAGGCAUGUGGCUUGCUGGCGAUGUAUGGAAAGGUCUUUGGUUCGGCGGCUUCACAGAAGAGCCAUACAAGCUUACGGUCUUGGGCAAGUCACCGAAAAGCAAAAUGGAGAUCAUGGCUGCAGAGUUCCUGCCGUUCGAUGGUGGGCUGUACAUCCUCAUCAUGGAUGCCGAUAUGGAUCUCCAUGUGCUCCAAUACGACCCCGAGAACCCGAAAUCGGUGAAUGGAAUGAGAUUGUUGCACCGCAGCACCUUCCACGUUGGGCAUUUUGUGACAAACAUGCUUCUUCUGCCCUCGGCUUUGAAACCAUUUGAGACGCAAGACCGGGACAUCGCGAAUGGAAUGAAUGAUGAUGCCGAUGAUGCCACGGGAGCCGCUCCGUCGCUGUAUCAUGUGCUCACGACAUCCACCUCAGGCUCUAUCGGACUAGUGACGCCGCUUGACGAAGCUGCGUACAGAAGGCUGUCGGCGCUGCAGACUCAUCUUACAGCGAUCUUGGAACACGCUGCCGGCUUGAACCCGAGAGCUUACAGAGCCGUUGAGGCCGAAAACUUCGGCGGAGCAAGAGGUGUGGUAGAUGGUAACUUGAUCAAGAGGCUUGGCGAGCUGGGUGCUCCUCGAAGAGCAGAUGUACUUGGUCGAGCGGGUACCGAUGCAUGGGGCGUUCGCAGCGAUCUAGAGAUCAUAGAUGGUGGUGGUCUGGCAUACUUAUAGCCGCGUGCCUCCUAAACUGUACUACUAGCAUUUCACUAACGCUGCAAUGAUGGAACGAGCCCUGUUCUCACGCUUGUCGGAGCGCAAAUUCA